AUGUCGUCUCCAGCAAGGCGAUCAACUCGCAGCUCGCAGGCGGGGACUCCUGCCCGCAACACGCGGAGCUCACAGGCUCGCAGCAGCCCGGCAGCCGCUUACUCUGAUGCUGCGCCUGCUGACGAGGCCGAGACUCCUCGCCGGACGCGCGCAUCACAACUUGCGUCCAGCCCAAUGUUCUACGAGUCCUCUCCCGCCAAUGCAGCGCCGUCCUCACCUCUGCGACAAAUGAGCAAUUCUCAGACCACCGACAAUGGUCCUGCACCGAGCUCUCCAUUACGCCAGCAGACUGAGUCUCAGACAGUCAAUGAUGGCGAGCGCACCCCACGAGCCAGCGGCAUGCGCAUUGGUGACUCUUCGCCCGUUCGCUACGAUCCUAGUUCAAGUCCUGGCCAUCCCCAAACAGACUUCCGAAGUGAGAGCAGUGGUCUCUUCGUCGACUCUGCCAGAAGAGGUCCUCGAUCAAGACGUGGCGAUAUUCACUCUGAGUACUCCAGCAGAACGCCCGUACCUCCCCGUCGCAUCGUUCUCGGCUCCGAUGGCCGCGUUGUGCAAGAUGCACCAGUCUCAGACGCUGCUACCUUCUCCAACAACAACCCAGGCACAUCAGACGCAGACGCUCUUGGUGGCCAGAGCCAGAGCCUCGUCUGGGGAACUACGAUCGCCAUCGAUGACACUUUCAACGCCUUCAAGAACUUCCUUAGGAACUACAAAAUCAAGUAUCGUCUCAUCAAGGAGAACCAGCCCGAUGAGGUUGUCAACGCCCCAGAAAAUCAAGCCAGAUGCUACUGGGAGGCAUUGGAGACGAUGUUGGCCCUUGGGACGAGCAAGCUGUACUUGAAUGUUCACGAUCUCAAAGCUUAUCCUGAGACCGAGAAGUUGUGGUAUCAACUCCAGGCCUACCCACAAGAGUUGGUUCCCAUCAUGGAUCAGUCAGUUCACGACAUGAUGAUUGAGCUUGCCCGCAUAGAGAUGGCCAGGCAGAGGAGUCAGAAUACUUCUGCACCCCAGGCGUCGCAGAGCUCCGAGCCCGCUAUUCCCAGCUCGGACCGUCCUGAGGAUGCCCCGACACCUCGUCCCACAGCUCAGAGGGAGGCAACUCUUGAGGACCAGGUCGCCGAGACUAUUUAUAUGGUGCGCCCAUAUGGUUUGGAUAAGACCACCAACCUUCGAGAUCUGAACCCUUCAGAUAUGGACAGAAUGAUCCAGAUCAAGGGCCUCGUCAUUAGGACAACCCCCGUCAUUCCAGACAUGAAGGAUGCAUUCUUCAAGUGCAGCGUCUGCAACCAUGGCCUGCUCGUUACGCUCGACCGCGGCAAGAUACGAGAGCCUACUGAGUGCCCCCGACAACGCUGCGGCUCUAAGAAUUCUAUGCAAAUUGUCCACAACCGCUGCAACUUUGCAGACAAGCAAGUCAUCAAAUUGCAAGAGACUCCGGAUGCGGUGCCGGCAGGCCAGACCCCACACUCUGUGUCUGUAUGCGUAUACGAUGAUCUUGUGGAUUUCUGCAAAGCUGGUGACCGGGUACAAAUCACCGGUAUUUUCAGGGUCAGCCCUGUUCGCAUCAACCCGCGACAGAGGGCUAUCAAGAGCAUUUACAAGACCUAUGUCGACGUCUUGCACGUUCAAAAGGUCGAUCGCAAGCGGAUGGGAGCUGAUACAACGACUCUUGAGCUGGAUGAUGAUGAAGAACUCCAAACUGAUAACCCUUCCGGAAUGGAGGAGGCGCGCAAGGUGACCCCAGAGGAAGAAGAGAAGAUCAGAGAGACUGCCGCUCGUGAUGACAUCUAUGACCUGCUGGCGCGGUCUCUUGCACCUUCAGUCUACGAAAUGGAUGAUGUGAAGAAGGGAAUCCUACUACAGCUAUUCGGCGGCACCAACAAGAGCUUCGAAAAGGGCGGCAGUCCAAAGUACCGUGGCGACAUCAACGUCCUGCUCUGUGGUGAUCCAUCUACUUCCAAGUCUCAGAUCCUGUCGUACGUCCACCGCAUUGCACCUCGUGGUGUAUACACCAGCGGAAAGGGCUCAUCUGCCGUUGGUCUCACCGCAUAUAUCACGCGCGAUCCCGAGACGCGAUCCCUAGUGCUCGAGUCGGGUGCCCUCGUCUUGUCAGAUGGCGGUGUCUGCUGCAUUGACGAGUUCGACAAGAUGUCUGAGUCUACCCGUUCCGUGCUGCACGAAGUCAUGGAGCAGCAAACAGUGUCUGUUGCCAAGGCCGGUAUUAUUACCACUCUGAAUGCCCGGACGAGCAUUCUGGCAUCAGCCAACCCGAUCGGUAGUCGAUACAACCCUGACUUGCCUGUGCCGCAAAAUAUUGAUCUUCCUCCAACGUUAUUGUCUCGUUUCGAUCUGGUGUACUUGAUCCUGGAUCGGGUGGAUGAGAAGAACGACAGACGUCUGGCAAAACACUUGAUGUCUAUGUACCUUGAGGACACGCCUCACUCUGCUCAGUCCAAGAACGAUAUUCUGCCUGUCGAAUUCCUCACCUCGUACAUCUCCUAUGCUCGGGCCAACGUUCAGCCUACCAUCACGCAGGCCGCGGGUGAAGAGCUCGUUGAGGCUUAUAUCGAGAUGCGGAAGCUUGGUCAAGAUGUACGCGCCGCUGAGAAGCGCAUCACUGCAACCACUCGGCAGCUGGAGUCCAUGAUCCGGCUGGCGGAGGCGCACGCAAAAAUGCGACUGUCGACCGAAGUCACCCGCGAGGAUGUCCAAGAGGCCAACCGGCUUAUCAAAUCUGCCCUAAAGACAGCGGCGACUGAUAGCCAAGGCCGUAUCGAUAUGUCUCUUCUGACCGAAGGUACCAGUUCUGCGGACCGUCAAAGGAAGGAGGACAUGAAGAACGCAGUGCUGCAGCUGCUGGACGAGAUGACGGCCGGUGGCCAGACUGUGAAGUAUGCUGAAGUCAGCAGAAAGCUGGGCGAAAAUGCCGGCGUGCCUGUUGAGGCGAGCGAUUUCGCGGAAUGUGUGCGUGCUUUAGAGAUGGAUGGCUCAAUAACGGUAUCUGGCGAUGGUGCGAGGAAGAGCAUUAGGAGAGUUACAGCUGUUGUAUAA